GUGCGGCACACUUCUGUGCACGCUUUUAUCUAAAAUAUCAGCCACUAGCGACACGAUCAUUAGAUUAGCAAGAAAGAACUGAGGUGAACCUGACAAAAUGGCGGUGAUUCAAUUAUUCAACGAAAUUGGGACCAUCUUUCGGAAUACACCCACGUUUGCACUUGUUCUAGAAAUAUUUCUGCUCAUUACCGUCAUCUGGCUGCUGCUCCAUAAACGGGGCGGUGGACGGCGCCGUCGCUUUACCAAAGAGGAGGAGGACUUCAUAAUUGAGAACUAUGAGCCAGAACCCUUGGUGGGUGAAACUGAUCCAGAUCAUCCCUUGCUGCGCACCCGUUUGGUGGCGUCCAAGGUGGGCAAGCGCAUAAACGUCGAUGGACACGAUUGCCUCAACCUGGGCUCGCACAACUACUUGGGUUUCCUUGAAGACCAGGACAUUCUGGAGGAGGCGUGCAAGUCUCUGCGCAAAUAUGGUGUCGGAUCGUGUGGUCCUCGCGGUUUCUAUGGAACUAUGGAUGUGCACUUGGAGCUGGAGGAGCGUAUUGCCAAGUUCAUGGACCUCGAGGAAGCUAUUGUGUAUUCCUAUGGCUUUUCGACGGUGGCCAGCGCCAUUCCCGCAUACGCCAAGCGUGGCGACAUUAUAUUUGUAGAUGAAGGUGUCAACUUUGCCAUUCAAAAGGGAUUGGAUGCGUCUCGCAGCACGAUCGCAUUCUUUAAACACAAUGAUGUCAAGGAUCUUGAGAGGCUGCUCGUCGAGCAGGAGAAGCGUGAUCAGAAGAACCCCAAGAAGGCUCUCAAGACGCGUCGAUUUCUUGUUGCAGAGGGCAUCUACAUGAAUACGGGCAAGAUUUGUCCGCUUCCCGAGCUCGUGGCUCUGCGCAAGCAAUACAAAUUGCGUAUUUUCAUCGAUGAGAGCGUUUCGUUUGGCACACUUGGCAAAGGAGGACGAGGUGUCACCGAGCACUUCAAUAUCGAUCGGGACGAAAUCGAUCUGAUAUCCGCUGGUAUGGAGGGAUCCAUGGCCACCAUUGGCGGCUUCUGCGUGGGCUCACAUUUCAUAGCCGAGCAUCAGCGUCUCUCCGGCCUGGGCUACAUAUUUUCCGCUUCACUGCCGCCCAUGCUGACCCAAGCUGCCAUUUCUGCCCUCGAUCGUUUCGAGCGGGAGCCGAAAAUCUUUGAGCAAUUGCAGGCCAAAGCCCAGUUGUUGCAUCAGAUCUUUUCGCGUUUCUCCAAGCUGCACCUGUACGGCGAUGAGUUGUCCCCCGUCAAGCACUUGUAUUUGGCCAUUCCCGGAGAAAACUUCGAUGCGGAACGGAAGCGCCUCAUAGAUGUUGCCGACAAGUGUAUUGCUCGAGGCGUGGCGGUCGUGGAGGCAGCCUACCUGCAGAAUAGGGAACGCAAGCCAGUGCGUCCUAGUAUACGAGUUGCCGUGAACCGUCUGCUGGAAGAGGCGGAGAUUUCCGCCGCUUUUGAGAUCAUCGAGAAUGUUAGCAGCGCAGUCCUUUAGAGCAUACAUGGAGGAUUUCUUGAGUGUGUUUAGUAUUAAUGUUAAUUGUAUCUGGAUUGUAGUCCUAAUCUUACGCACUUUCGAGUACAAUUGAAAACUUUAUGAUCAGUAUGGAAUAUUGUAGUUCGACUAUGAUGAACACCCUCCACUUGCUUAAUUUUCCAGCUUCGACCAGCAUUGCACUACAUUUUAAUGGCUUUUCUUGUUGGUGGUGCAUGGAAAAGACCUUGUUUUCUUUAUUAAAGUAGACUUUCAAACAUA